AUGGCGAGCUUGUCGGCUGACUUUCAAUUCAACAGCAUACGUCGACCAAAGGUACACACCGCCAUCGCCACCACCUACAGAAACAUCGCUGACAUCCGGAAUCCCAGCCUGAUUGGCACAGGCAACAUUGACAAGGCCGCCAUCUUCAACAGUGAAGGCAACAGCGUCUGGGCCACUUCCGCUGGCUUCACCGUGNCGUCCUCCACAACCCACCACCGAGCAAGAUUCGAGAAAGAGCUGAGCUUCGGAUGGUCGCGGCAUAGACCAGCUGCAGAAAGAGCAUGGGCUGAUGUGUGCUUUUCCAGGUUUCCCCCUCAAGAAAUGGCAGAGGUCGUUUCUGCAUUCAAGGAUACCGCCGACGUCAAGAAGGUCCAGAGCACUGGUCUUCACAUUGCCGGCGAGAAGUUCAUCGUUCUCAAGGCCGAUGACAGAAGCUUGUAUGGCAAAAGGUGCGNNGGCAAGGAGGGUAUCGUCAUCGUCAAGACCAAGCAGGCUCUUCUCGUUACCCACUACCCCGAGCACGUCCAACCGGGUUCUGCUGCCAACACCGUCGAGCAACUUGCCGACUACCUCAUAAGUGUCAACUACUAG